CGAGUUUGCCCGGCUAAUGGCAGAUAGAACUGGUUACCCCGAUAUUCUGACAUGCCCAAUCAUCUCGCUUCUGGUCUCGAUACAGCAGGGAUUGACAGUCUCGAAUGUGGGGCCUGUUUGCGCCUUGGCCCCCCCCAAACACCUACAAGGCAGCGAUAACUGCAUCACAAAGCUUCUUUCAUCAGCAUUACGCAUCUGGUCAGCAAGAAGUACCUUCCUCGUCGCGCACUUUGAGAAGCAGAUUUCGAGUAGUCCGCGACUUCAAAGCCGAAAAUGGAUGCGUUCAAGGGCCUUCAGAAGAGCCUCACCUCGCUGGGUGGGCAGAUUACGCCCUUUGCCUCGCGCACCUUUCAAUAUACCAAGGAGCAGCUGGGCCAGGCCGAUGACAAGACCGAGCUCCCUCCCGACUAUAUCGAUCUCGAGAAGCGUGUUGAUGCCCUCAAGGCGGUCCAUCAGAAGAUGCUCGCCGUAACGUCGCAGUACUCCAACGAGGCUUACGACUACCCGCCCAACAUCAAGGAGACAUUCCAGGAUCUGGGCCGCACCGUCAGCGAGAAAGUCGCCUUACUGUCGAGCGCCACGUCCCCCGCCGAGGCCCAGGCGGCCCUGACGGCCCCUCCCAGCGCCAAGCCGCAGCCCAAGACGUUCCACCAUGCCAUGGCGCGCGCGUCGCUGGCGAGCAGCCAGACGCUGCACCAGCAGCACACGGGCGCGGGCGAAGACCCGCUGGCGACGGCGCUCGAGAAGUACGCGCUGGCGAUGGAGCGCUUGGGCGAAGCUCGCCUGGCCCAGGACGCCCAGGUGCAGAGCCGCUUCCUGGCCGGCUGGAACACGACGCUCAACACCAACAUCCUCUUUGCCACGCGCGCCCGCAAGGCCGUCGAGAAGGCCCGCCUCACCCUCGAUGCCGUCAAGGCCCGCGUCAAGGGCACCACCUGGAAGCUGGGCGGCGCCUCCUCCCCGCGGGGUGCUGACCCGCAUGACGAGCACGAGCUGAGCCCCGAGGCCCAGGAGGAGAUCGAGAAGGCCGAGGACGAGUUCGUCACGCAGACGGAGGAGGCAGUGGGCGUCAUGAAGAAUGUCCUCGACUCCCCCGAGCCGCUGCGCAACCUGGCCGAACUGGUAGCCGCGCAGCUGGAGUUCCACAAGAAGGCGCACGAGAUUCUGAGCGAGUUGGCGCCCAUCAUCGAUGGGCUGCAGGUCGAACAGGAGGCGAACUAUCGCAAGAGCCGAGAGAGCGCUUCCUGAGCGCCGCGGGACGGGGGAAGAGACAGCCCCAUAGCUCGGGGCCGCCUCCAACCUGCUCAGUCGAGGCAUAGGGCUGUGCCGGCCUGGUGCGAGCGAGUUGAAGGGGCCUGUCAAAAGGGGGGGGGGGGGGAGGCCAUCUCACCGCAGUGUUUCUGUUUCGUCGGUCCAUAUGUAGUUUGCCUGUUUCGUCCAUGGUUAUUGCACUCUGUCUUUUCUGGGCUCCUCCUAUCAAUCUUUGGGACGGUUUCGGCUCACGGGGUCGAGAGAAUUGCUACUUUUUAGACGCAAACGCAAUCCGAUGUUGGUUUCCAGUACCCAGCCGUUUCGAACGAUGAAUGUGC